AUUUCAGACAAAACUUAAUUGCUUAAAGAAAUUUAAUACUAAUUCAUCAAUUAUGUUCUACAUUUUCCUCGAUAUUUUCAGUAUGCAGUAGUUCAAUAUGAUACCAACGACAUCUCAGUUGUUCCAAUCAACUGGUUGAUUGAUAGUGGCCCAGAAGAAAUAUAUUCAUUUUGGCCAAAAUCUAAUAAAAAUCUGAGGACACUCAUUAUCAAAAUGUCUCCGGCUGAUGAAAACUGGCCUUUAUUUAAAGUAUCCAAAAUAAUUGGAAAAUUUUCUUCAUAUGAACAAGCACUUGCUGCUGAAAGAAUAGCAGUUGCAUCAUCUGAUUCAGAGGAUGCAUUGGAGAGAGGGCCAGGAAAGAGGAAAAUAAAAUUGAAAACUAUUCAUUCUCCACCACCAUCACUAGCAGAAGUACCAAAAUGCGGCACUAUUUUUGAAGAAGACUCAACUAGUGGAAGUUCAUCCUUUACUCAAGAUACAUCUAUGCAUUCUAGAAGUCCACCUAAUACUGGUGAUGAUAGCAGUUUGGCUAUUAAUUUGAAGAAUUCCCAAGACUUGUCCAAUGUGGUAACCAUUGCAACUGUCGAUGAUGUUUCAAAUUCAGACAUCAUGAAUAAAUUAGUAGAACUUCAAGCGACACUAAAUAUGAUCACCUUGAGACUUAACACUCUGGAAAGUGACAGACAAAAAAAAUAUCAAGAAGUUGGUGAAGAUCUAAUAAAAGACUACCUACCAUUGAAAGAACUAGCCCAACUAAUAGAAUUUGACGAAUUUUUACAGUCAAAUGAGGAAGCAUGUAAGCAGUUGGUACAAAAAUACUUACAAUGUGGAGGAAAAAAUGAAGCAGAUUUUCUUAGGCGUAUAUUGUCACAAACUCUCACGAAUUCCUUAGGAACAUUUUGCUCAUGGACAGGGCAAAAAAACAAUUUUCGAAUCAAAGAUACUACAAUUAUGAAACUGAUGCGAGGUGCAGUCUGUAAAGUUUUUUCUUGUUCUGACUGCUUGUUCGAUAAGAUUGUGAUGGAGUGGCUGCGUCAUUCAAAACAGCGUUUGCUGAGAGAGCAAAAAAACUGAAUGAGCUUGGUCUCCUACUCUCAGCUCAGAUCUUGCUUGGCAUACAAUUUUUGAAGUUCCUUUUUUUCGUUUUUAAUUCAUUUUGAGAAAUGAUUUUCUGUUUUUGUUUUGUUCAUUUUAUAAGUAUUCAUGUUAUCUUAACCAAAAAGUUAAUUGGUAUACA